GAUUCUGAUGGGCAAGCUGCCAAGUCCUUACGUGAGUUUUGGAUUACGAAGCUUUGUUGUUGUUGUUGUUGUUCCAAAAUCAACAAUUAGGUAGUGAUAGACAAUCUUUUAAGUAGCUGAAGGAGGUGCCGAUGGCGUUAAAUUCUCUGGCAAGUACUUCUGUGAUCAGAGGAAUUGCUCUGCCUGCUCCGUUUUGUGAUUCUACACAGCUGCGGCGACAAGCUGCAAGCCCCUUUGUUUCCCGCCCACAGAGGUCGUAUAGAACGGUCGUGCGGAGCUCGAGGUUACCGCUGAAUCCAAAGGAGGCUCGAGAAAUGGCUGAAGGUCGAGAACCUGAGAGGCAGAAUGAACGUGGUGGUAAUGGCGGACCCAACCCCUUCAGAUUUUUCCAGAAUUUCAAGGACGGCCUAUUUCAGGACCACAAGAGACUACAGAAGGAGAAGAGCCUGCCUAAAGGCGACCUCUUGUACACGGUUGAGAAAGGCGAUACAUUGUACGCUAUCUCUGAAAGACACGAAUGUUCUCUUGAGCUUCUUAUGGAGGCCAAUGGCAUUGAAGAUCCUCACAACUUAAGCGUUGGACAGGAGAUCUGGAUUCCACGGACUUAUCAGAUUAAGAAGGGUGACACUUUGUACUCAAUCUCGAAACAUUAUGGCGUGAGUAUUGAGGCUAUUCAGGCCGCCAAUGGAAUCGACGACCCCAAUUUUAUUCAUGAAGGAGACCAUAUAUGUCUUCCAGAAAAGACUGCUCACGAGGACUCAGACUGAUUCAUCUUGUCGAGUGUAAGAUAAAUGCCUGCUCCAAUUGACAAUUUUCAAUCAGCCGUGUGAGAGUAGUGUCUGACAUGAGUUGGGAUACAUCAGUAUUCUCUCGUACAGCACAUACUGUGCACAAAGCACACUUACCAAUGUAUUCCUGUAUAAAAGUUAUGGUUUUUCCCGUAUUCUUACUACAUGGUGCUAAAAUAUGAUAUAGAGGUCAUGUUUGAUGCUCUUGAUCAA